UAAGCUGUACUGUGGAAAUUUAUAUUUAUUAAAUAAAAGUUUAAAAAAAUAAUAUUUAUUUGGGAGAGAGAAAGAAAGACAGAGAAUUAGCAUUUGCUGAUUGGCAAUGGCCAGGUCUGGUCGGAGGCUGAAACUAAGAGCCAAGAGUACAAUCCAAGCCUCCCUAUUAGUGAACCAUCACCAUUAUCUCCCAGGCUGUGCAUUAGCAGGAAGCUGGAGUCAGGAGCUGAAGCUGGGGAUUGAGACCAGGUACUCUGAUGUGGGCCACAGGUAUCUUGACUGUUAGGCUAAACACUAGAUCCCCAUGAGACAAUUUUGAUUGGCAUGUUUGGGUGGGAGGGGCUAUGAGAUAGAGGGCAGAGAUUCUGAUGCCUAUCCUGAGAUAUCGUAGAGCAGAACUCACAAUAAAGAAUGAUCCAGUCCCAAAAGUCAAAGUGCAGCAUGAGAGAAGCCCUGUUCUAGAGAGAGAGAGAGAGAGAGAGAGAGAGAGAGAGAGAUGGAAGAAGAGAUUCCUGUGGGGAUUUCGUCUUACUCCAACACAGCAAACAUACAUGUGUGAACACACCCACAAGUGUGUGUACAGCCACAGAGCCACAGAGAUAGAAAAUACCAGUCUGCUUUGUGGGCAUAACAUCAUCCACUGGAGAGACUUGCAUUUUCAAUUGUGGGAGGGCACAUUCAGGUUCUCCAGAUCUUCCAGAAACCACAUGCUUUCCUUCAGAAUCCACCACUAGGAAGAACUUCCCGGGGAGACGCAGCAAAGUUCCUGGUUGUCCAUGUCAUUUCCUGCUCAGUGUUAAGAGCAGCUGGGCUUGUUUCUGACUAAGAUCGAAACUGAAAGACAGUUUUAUCCUCUGGGGACAAGUGAGUGAGCAGACUGCUCCCUGGACAUUUAGAACUUGUAAAUAAGAUUUGGCUCAAGCCUUGAAAAGCCCAGUGAUGUUGGCUCGGGGUGGCUGGUCAGUAGUCCCUGUGCCUUGGACAGGGUGAGGUGGGAAACAUUUACCCAUGGCUGCUUCCUCUUCCUACCCAAUGAUGACAAGGCAUUGGUUUGGAGUCAGAAAUCUGCAAUGAAUUCUGAGACUCUUAGCUGUGUGAUUUGGGCACAAUCUUCCCUCUCUUUCUGUCUCUGCUGUAUCUCUUGUUAUCAGCAAACUCUACAGCUCUUGAAGUUUGGGGGAGGGUUAGAUUAAUUUCUAUAAAGUGUCUGACACAUCAUCGGUGUUUAAGAUAUUACAGCAUGUAUAAUGUUGUCAUCUUCAAAGUGAGAGGAUGAGGUGAUACCCAAUGGCCUACCUAACUCGAUACAUUAGUCCUCCUUUGUUCCUGAUUUUACCUUCUGCAGUUUCAGUUACCCUCAGCCAACAGCAGGCUGAAACUAUGAAAUGGAAAAUUCAGGAAAUAAACAAUUCGUAGGCUUUAAAUUGCAUGCCAUUCUGAGUAGCAGGAUGCAAUCUCACACUAUCCUGCUCAGUCUCACCAGCGAUAUGAAUCACCCCUUUGUCCAACGUGUCCACAUUUUAUAUAUUACCCACCAGUUAGUCACUGAGUAGCUGUCGUCUUUGUCAGAUGGAAUGUUGUGGCACCACAGUGCUUGCCUUCAAGUAACCCUUACAUCAAAGCCCAAGGCUAUGUCCCAAUGCCUGUGUCAUUCACCUCAGUGCAUCUCCUCACGUGGGCACUAUAUCAUCUCACAGCAGCACAAGGGUGAGUACAGUUUAGGGGGAUACAUUGAGAGAGAGGGACAACAUUUGCAUAGUAUAUUGUUACAAUUUCUCAAUUUUACUACUUAUUGGCUAUCUCUUAUUCUGCCAAAUCUACACGUUAAGCUUUAUCAAACGCAUGUAUCUAUUGCAAACAAGACCUGGUGUGUAUGGGGUUCUAUGCUACCUGUGGUUUCAGGUAUCACCUGGAGGUCUGUCACACUCAGAUUUAUCAUCCUGUUGGAAAAUACAGAGGCUUGGCCUGCAUGAAACCAGGAGGAAGGAUUUUGUAUGAUGUGAGAGAGAAGAUACCAUUUUCUGCAUAUGGUACAGGCAAGUUUUAGUUCAUACCAAAUUCUCCCCCAAUGUGAAGAGCAACAAGAGCCAGGACAGGUAAGGGUGGCUGCUUUCUGGCAGGGAAAUGAAGUAGGAGCUGCAUACACCUGGGUGUACCUCCCAGGGAGUGAGCUGUGCACAGUGAAGAGACCUCUGAAUCUUUGCUGGGAGCUAGCACAGGGCAGCCACCACUGCCUGCUGUCAUGGGAAGUUUUCAUGGUGCCACAGCCACCUGGAGCCCCUGAACCUGUAGCCCAUUCCUCUCUCUGCCAGCAGGAUGUGUUCAUUGUCUAUGGCCUGACCACAUCUCCUGCUUGCUCUGCCUCCCCUCCGUGCACACCACGUGAACUGAGUAUGAAUAUCCUUUUUGAUGUUGGCUGCUGUUAGAAGUUUGCCUCCCACCUUUUUUUCUCCUUCCAACAGAGAACAACCUGGAUGCCACACACGGUGUGGUGUUAUCUGCUCUGACUUUGGAAAGGAAUUUCUCCCCUUAGGGCUCUAUUCCCAGCAUAGCAUAAUCUAGGAGAAAAAAAAAAAAAACGUUUAUCCUAGGGAAGCCAAAUCAGCCAAGAGUUAUUCAGAGUGUCUGACUGCCUGUUAUAUUUAGAAACUACACGGAGGAGAACUUUAAGAAUGCUAGCGUCUUCCAACCACCAACCAUGGCCCUGUUAGAUUCUCCUGGUUGCUUGGGGCAGUCAGAUAAAGAAGGCCUCCCUGGCUGUUAUUCUUGGUGGGUGAUGGACUAGGAGAAAUACAGCUGUAGAGUGUUGCAGCCAUCGAAUAAGUCCAGGUCUCAGGUGUUUUGUGUCCAUUCCCCUUUUUGCAGAUGAAUGUGCCGGAUUUUACUCAAUUCUCUGAACUGCAGUUUUGUUCCCUAUAAUGUGAGACAACUGGACACAAUCAAUGCUCUGCUAUGGCUGCACCUUGAGAACACAUGGGUACUUUGUUAAAAAUACAGAUGCUGCGACUGGAUAACUAGAUAUUUAAAAGGUCUUGUGGUUAGGGUAUGUGUUUGGCUUAGAGGUUAAAAUAGCCACUUCCCACAACGGAAUACAUGGGUUCCAUUUUCAGAUCUGACUCCUGACUCCACUUUCUAACAGUGCAGAGCCUGGGAAGCAGUGGUGACAGCUCAGGUUACUGGAUUCCUACCACCCACAUGGGAGAUCCAGAUUGAAUUCCUGACUGCUGCCCUCAGCCUGGCGCAGGCCCUACUGUCAUAUGCAUUUGGGGGAAUGAACCAAUGGGUAGAAGCUCUCUCUUUCUGUCUUUAACUUUCCUCUGCUUCUCCAGUUUUUUUUUUUUUUUUUAAUAUAAAAGGCCUAAUGAACCUUGGGCAUUGGCAUAAUGUUUUUCUUGCCUCUCAGGUUGGUAUGAUUUCCAUCUCCAGGUGCAGAUCAGUGCUUUUCUGAAUGUAGUCUCGAGGGUGGUAGCAGGAGCAGCAGUAGUAGCAGCACUAGGCAACUUGUUAGAAUUGCUUGUUCUUGGGCCCCACCCCAGAAAUACUGCAUAGAAGCUCUGGUGGAGAGGACCAGCUGUGUGUUCUGUCAAGCUUUCCAGGUGGUUCUGAUGCAUGACAGAGUUAAAAACACAGUAGAUUAGAUAACUUUACAAGGGGUUCCUACUAGGUUUCAAAAUCUGUAAUCCUAUCAACAGUCUAGAUAGGGUGCAAGAUCAAGCCAAGGCCACACAGAUGGCUAAAUAGGUGGUGGAGACCUUACCACAAUCCAGGCUUUUUGAACUGCCAUCCAGAGCUUUUUUAAUUAUCCAAUUAGGAAGGUGUUUAGGAUUCAUGGCAAAUCCUUCCUCUCCCUCGCUCUCUCUUCUCCCCCUCCCACCUUCCCUCUGUUAAGCUUCUUGUGGGCCACAGGAUUGUGGAGAGCAUGUUAUUUUUAGCUCACAGUGUACCUGCAGUGCUGUGUAUGUUAAUUGCAAACAGCAAUUAUUCUGUAAUUCUUUGGCAUGUGGUAAAGGGUGUAUUGGAGCUGGUUUGUGGAUUAUCGGCCACUUUGCUGGGUUCUGUAACUGAUGGGGUUGAAUAGAUUUUGUUGUUGUUGUUUUGCGAAGUUACACAGCCUGCUGUGUGUGAACAGGAUUGAGCAGGCAUGGGUAACCCAACACCUUUCUCUUGGACACAACUGUCAAUUCCCUUAGCAUUUAUUAAGAAAUAUCGGGGCCUGUGCUGUGGCGCAGUGGGUUAACACCCUGGCCUGAAGCGCGGGAAUCCCAUAUGGGUUGGGUUUGAGACCUGGCUGCUCCACUUCUGAUCCAGCUCUCUGCUAUGGCCUGGGAAAGCAGUAGAAGAUGGCCCAAGUGGGCCCCUGCAUCCGCAUGGGAGGCCCAGAAGAAGCUCCUGGCUCUUGGUUUCAGAUCGAGCAGCUCCGGCCAUUGUGGCCAUCUGGGGAGUGAACUAGUGGAUGGAAGACCUCUCUCUCUCUCUCCUCUGCCUCUCCUCUCUCUGUAACUCUGACAUUCAAAUAAAUAAAUAAAUAAUAAUAAUAAUAAAUAUCAAGGAUGGCAGCCACUGACCUGAAUUUUUGUAAAUCUACUUUCCAUAGUGGUUACCAGAAACUUGCAGAGGGCAUUGCUAAAGAGGACCUGGAGGGAGUUAGUUCUAGGGUUCAAUUUUAGAUGACUUAAGAAAAAAAUUACGCCCGGUUGUCCUAGCAAUGAAUGGAGGACUUACUUGCUCUAUUCAACAACCACAAGGGAGCACUUGAACUAGAACCUUGGCAUCCUAAAACCUAGACCAAGGCAUCUGGAAUUAUUGAGAGCAGUGGAGCUUUCCAGGAAGAUUUGAACCUGCACACAAUUUGGGAGGUGGUGGAGGAAUCAGAUCUAACUCCACUGGCAGAGCUGAAAGAAGGAGCACUGGAGAUUUCCUGUAUAGUCAGUCCUCCAUGUCUGUGCUUUCUGCAUCUCUGGACUCAACCUGCCACGUGUUGGAAAUACUAGGGGGAAAAACGGCAUCUGGAAUUUUUGUGUCUUUAUUCUCUAACCUGUAUGACAACUGUUUAUUUAAAGAUUAUUUAUUUUAAAAGCAUAGUUACAGAGAGAGAGAAAAGAGAAAGAGAAAGAGAGAGAGAGAGAGAUCUUCCAUCCUCUGAUUCACUCCCCAUAUUGCUGCAAUGGCCGGAGCUGGGCUGGUCCAAAGCCAGGAGUCAGGAGAACUUCUUCUGGGUCUCUCACCUGGAUGCAGGAGCCCAAGCACUUGGACCAUCUUCCAUGCUUUCCCUGCACAUUAGUAGAAAGCCGAAUUGGAAAUGGAGCAGCCGGGAUCCAACCUGGUGCUCCUAUGGGAUGCCGGUGUCUGAGGCAACAGCUUUACCUGUUAUGCCACAGCACCAGCCCCAAUAACAAUAACUAUUUAUAUAACAUUUACUCUGUAUUAGGUAUUAUAAGUAAUCUAUAGAAGAUUUGGACUAUAUUGAUGAUGUAUGUGCAGGUUAUUUGCAAAUAUUAUGUCAUUCUAUAUAAGGUACUUGAGUAUCCACAGAUUUUUUUUUUCCUUUUUUAAAAUUUUCUUUUUUUAAUUUUAUAACAGUUUCAUGUAUUUCAUAUAUACAGAUUUAGGAACAUAGUGAAACUUCCCUCCCUCCUUCACACACUGCAACCCUUCCUCCCCCUCCCUGUCACAUUCCCACUUUUAAUUUUUACAAAGAUCUACUUUCAAUUUACUUAACCAAUCUCUUGUGGGUAUCAAGGACCGACUGCAUUGUGUGUUGCAUUUUAUGGAAGGGAAUACCACAGUUUGGACUGGGAAGCCAAGCUGCUGGGGGACACAAAGUGUGAAACAUAUCACAGUGCUUUUUUAUUUAUUUACUUGAAUGGCAGAGAGAAAAGAAGAAGUGGAUGGAAACAGUGAGGGGGAGGGGAGAGAGAGAACACUCUCAUCUGUUGGUUCACUCUCAAAAUGCCCACAAUAGCCAGUCUGUGUCUCCCACAUGGUGGGGACUCAACUACUUGAGCCAUCACCACUGCUUCCCAGAGUGUGCAUAAGGAGCUGGAAUUGAGAACAGAGCCAGACCUCAGGUCUAAGCACUCUGAUCUAGAAUCUGGGCAUCCCCACUAAUGUCUUAACCACUAGCCAAAUGGAUACACCUCAGUCUUUGAAUUUUUGUCUAACACUCUCUUUAACAUACCACAUCAUUUUCUAAUGUCACCAAAAGAAAAUAAUCAGAAGAUUUCCUGGUCCUCUUCCUUCAUGUCUCUUCUUAGGCAUUGUUCUUGAUAUCAGAGACCAGUUGCAUCUUGAAUCUGAGAUUUAUGUGUCAGGAUUCUUCCUUGGGUUAAAAACAAGAAAGCAUUUAUGAGCUCAGUAUCUUCAAUGUGAUAUCCCAGAUAGGAUUCAGAUUGAGUGGAGGAUCAUGACCUUCUCAGUUCAGCAAAUUUGUCAGAGGCCCUGACCUCUGGUUCCAAGAAAAAUGUGAUUCCCAUACUUCAGAAAAGCAAGAAGAGCUGGUGUUGCUUUCACCUAAGUGUAAUAGAUCUGAAGUGCUAAGUAGGGGUGACUGAUCAGGAGAUGCUAUUGUCAACAAUUUACUGCUCACCAUGGUGUGUUCCUGACAUUUAGUGGAUUGCCUGACAGUCGCUUUGCUGCAUUCCCACUCAUCUCUGUCUCUUCUUGGAACACCAUGGCUUAUUAAAUGCCACAACUAAUGGUGAUGGUCACUAAAACUGCUUAUGGGCCCCUUGUGGUCUUAGGCUCCUCUUUGAUCCCCACAAUGUCAGUGACUCCUUUGUGUUUAGUCCUCAUUCAUCGCUACUUGGUUCACUUUUCCUCAUAGCCUGGGUUCCUUGCAGUCAUCUUAGAUGUAACUGAAAGUAGGGUGUGAGUAGUUGAAUGGUUUUAAAUCAUGUCUACUGACUGAAUGGCAGGGGGAAAUCAUUUUCUUUCUCUAUGUCUCAGUAUGCCCAACUGCAGAGUCUGGGGGUUCUGAAUUUGUUUGCUGGUUACAUCCAGAAGUGAACAUUAUCUGCUAAAAAUCAGAAGAGUGAUUUUUAAAAGUUAUACAUUUGAGAGUCAGAGAGAGAAGGAAUGAGCUCUUUCCUCUGUGGGUUCACUUCCCAAAUGCCCCCAACAACUUGGCCUGGGCAGAGCUGAAGGGGAACUGAGAAAUCAAUCCAGGUCUCCCAUGUUGGAAGACAGGGACUCAACUACUGAGCCAUCAUGUCUGUCUCCCAGGGUUUGCACUGGGAAGAAGCUAGAGCCGAGGGUCAAACCCAGGCACACCAGUAUGGGACAUGGAUGUCGACCACUAGGCUAAAUUCCUGGCCCUACUGAGCAGUUUGGGUUGGAAAAGAUGAGAGAUAUCAGGACUACUUUUAAAAGCUCUAUGAAAAUACCACAAUGCUCUAUGUCGAUCCCUAAUAUUUGGAAGAUUAAAAACAUUGCUUAGAAAAUUGCCACACAUCCACCAUGCCCUUGCCUUUUUAGAGUUCCUGAAUGUAAACUGUUCUCCCCUUAAUGAUUACACAGUUGACAAGAAAAUAUCUUCAGAGUCUUUAAAGAUGGGUAGAGCAGUUUACCUCUACACCAGAAGUCCUCAGACUGCAAUGUUAUGCUGUGUUUUUCUAUCUGUUUAAGUUUCUCUCUCAUUGUCUGGAUGCUAGCUUUGCUUCUUUACCACUGUUGAGAAAUACAACCAAUUCUUUCACCAGUGACCUUCAGAUGUGUGCUUCUCCUCUACCUGGAAUGAGAAAUGAUGUAAUCAAACUAGUGACAUUUAUGCUAAAAAAUCAGAGCAAACUGGUCUUAAAUUAAGAUUCAACUAGUUCUUCUAUAAUAGAAAGUUCGCUCCACAGAUCUUCCAUAUUCAAUAGGCUUCAGUGAAUUUAUGUAUUGAGAAUUUACAAAAGGAAUGUCAGUAUUUUAUGUAAGGUGUUUCCCUCAGGAUUAAGAUUAAAAACAGAGUUGAAGAGGAAAUGGGAAGAGUGAUCGAGUUAAAUAAAGUUUUAGAACUAGAAGGAUUCGUGAAUGUCAUACUGGAGAAGACCUCUGUGAUAGUCUAGAAUUAACUGGGUUAAUCUAGAAGAGUGCUUGUUGGCCCCAACUGAAGGCACAUUAAAAUGACCUGGGGAGCUAUUAUAAUACCAGUGCCUGUCUCUAACCUAAGGAGAUUCUUAUCGGGGUGGGGCCCUAGGAUCUGUAUUUGUUAAAAGCUCCUCAUGUAUUUCUAACUGUAGCCCAAGUUGAAAACCAGGGAUGUCAUAUAAGUGUCUCAUGUUACAAAUGAGUAAUGUGAGGCUGAGACAGUGGAAGUGAUAGGCAAUACUGAGUAGUCAAUGCCCAGUCAGUGAUAGUCCGUUAAAUGACAGAAUCCUAGCUUGCUCUACAUAUAGUAUAUUCCUGUCUGAACAACUCCUACUACAACAUUUUCUUGAGUGACAUGAUUUCACAAUUUGACCAGCACAAACACACUAUAUCCAUAGACUGAUUCCCCUCCCCCCAACACACACACACACUCACACAACUUUUAUAAACGUUUGGAUGCUUUACAGCAGCAAAAGGGUAAUCUUUCCUUUUAUCUAUCUCUUCCCCUCUUUCCUCCCCUGUCCUUUUCUCUGUAUUUCCUCUCACCUGAAGUGGGGGGGUAAAUGGGGCCUCAGGAAUGCACUUGCUCAAUUUUGUUCCCUGAACUUGAUCUGCCAGUGAUGUAUUAAGUAGCUGGGCACUGCACCUUAACGAACAGGUUACAUGCAGAUCCUGGUGUGUGUCAAUGCUUAACCAGAGAUGCUCAGCAACGGUCUCCUUCAUGGCCUACGUGUAAAGAGGUAGCUGUGGCUGAUUGUAAUUCUAUAGAUGUUUUCCUGUUUAUAAGUGUUGACAUAUUGGUUUCAAUGCCGUAUAUCAGCAUAUUGGCUAUGAGUUUUCUCACAUAUGUUUAAACUUUUGAAUAAUAGCAUGUACUCUAGAUGUUAUAACUCCCAAGCUUCAAUUUAUACAUUUCCUUACAUGUAUGCAUAAAUAACUGUAUAUGAUAUAGCACCUACUUUGUUAGUGUGUGUUUCAGAAUUACCUUAAAAUACAUGAAUAUGAUCCAUUUUUCACUAAUGUCAGAGAAAUGGAUGUUCCCCUGAGCCGUGAGGAAGAAGACAUGCAUUUUACAGAUGAGAAAUUGAAUACCUCAGGGAAGGCGUCUCCCUGAGGCCACACUGAAGUGAGUCACGGACAUGGGCUGAUAGGGCGUAUUCUUGCUCUGCCCAUCUCUUUCUUCUGCUGCAGUGAAAUCCCUUCCACUAAGUCAAGGUUGACUUUUUUGUCUCCUUUGUGGAUUCUUUCUCACUUCUGGGGGAAUAGGAAGAUAGCCAGAAAUCAAACUUGCACCCUAAGGUAGAAGCAAAAGAAAAAUUGUUAAAAAGACCUGAAUCUACAAUAUCACUCCUGAUUUAGGAUAAAAAGUAUCUUUUUUCCAGGCACCAGGGGCCAUCAGUGAAGGUUUCUGGUUAGAAGGAAACCUCCAGUCUUCUCUACUGCUCUGUAUUUGUGGGGCCAGGUAUCAUGAAACCCCUCACUGAGGCUGAAUGUAAGGUGUUGCCCUGGGAACAGAGGUCACUUGGGUCCCAGCUCCCAAGGAUUCAAGGGGCCAAAGUAACUCUUCUCUGAUCUCUUUUUUUAGGGUCUGAGACCUAAUCAAACAUGAUCUGCAGAUAAAUGUAAUUUGUCUAAGGUCAACCUCCAACUUAGCUAAAGGUGGACUGGUCCACAUUUCAUGUACCUGCCUCCACUGAAAGUUGUACUAGGCUUCUGUUGGAUUUUCCCCAUCCCUUGGCUCCUCGGUCAUUCAGUUGCACAUGUUUAUUGGACUACAGCUGUGUAUUUGUUGCUAUGUUGUGUGCUGUGGACAAGGUCUGGGCUGUGGGAAGUUUUAGGUAGUAGAGAAGUGAAACCAAACUUGAAGAUUCUUAUUAAUGUGAUUUUAGGAGUAAUUCAAAAAGUUAAAGGAAAAAUGGAAACAGAAAAAUUAGUGAGACCCAUGCAUAUAGAUUUUUCAUAACAUGAAUUUUCUAUAAAUUUUUAAAGACUCAUUUUUUUAAAAUUUGAAAGAGAGAGAGAGAGAGAGCACACUCCCAUUUGCUAGUUCACUUCCCAAAUGCCUACUGUGGCCAGGCUGGACUAGUGCUGAAGCUAGGAUAUGAGAAGUCAAUUCAUAUCUCUCACAUGAGUGCCAGGAACCAGAUUUUUGGAGUGAUUACUGUUUCCUCUCAGGAUCUGCUUUAGGAGGAAGUUGGAGUCAAGAGAUGGCCCUGGGAAUUGAACCCAGGCACUUGAAUAUAGAACACAAGUGUCUUAAUCAGCCUCUUAACUGUUAGGCUAAAUAUCUUCCCCUCCAUGAACUUUUUCAAGUUCCCUCAUAUACAUGGAUUUCAAAGUAUUUUGAACCAAGGUAAACCUAUUCAAUUUUCCACAAACAUUUUGAAUUACCUUAUAUUAGUAUUACUGUCUUAUAUUUGUGUAUCUGUGCACAAUAGCAAAGUAUGUGCAGAAAAUAGCCUAAGAAGCCAAAUAGGAAAUGAAGGACUAAGAGCCCAAUGGUUACAAAGGAAAGAAAGUGUGACAGGGCCUUUGCACAGAUUGUUCUUCUGUCACCUCCAUUAAGUUCCUACUCACACAUCACCUCAAUGUGACUUAGUUCUGUUGUUGGCUCAAGGAAGCUUUCCCUGACUACCAGGUUUCACAUUCACCCUCAAAUCCCCAAACUGAGGACUCUCAUAGAAAUGUGUCCCUUACUUCCUAAAACUCAUCUUAGUCUGUUGUUAUCUGUGUGCCUGUUGUAGCUAUGACUCUCUCCCACAAAAGUUGCUGCCGUGUCUCAGGAUGGUAAUAGCCCAAGAGAACUAAAAUUACCCCAGGUAUGAAGUGGGAGGAGUCAAUUCCAGAAUAUCCAGGUUGUUUGGGGACAGGGAGUGAACAAGAGUGCACAAGCAGGCUUUGAUAGAGGGAUAUUUUAUAGGAACUGAGGCCUCCAGUUAAGGUCACAGCCAACCUGGGGCAACAGAUGAGGGAAGUUGGGGAGACAACCCGUUGACUGCCACCUCUUUCCUUGUGAUCGCUUGCUGGUGACCUCCCUUGGCUGAAGCCAUUGGUUAAAGAAACAAGAGUCUAAAGGCAGAGAACUCAGUACCCCUGAGUGGAGUGUAGGAGGAGAGGAAGUAGUGAGUUGACCCAGAAAGACACAUGUGAGAUGUCCAGCCCGAAGGAAAGUUUCUGCAAUCAUUCUUCCUUUCAUCUCCUUUUCAGGUCAGUACCUUGGGGACUGUGGACAGCUGUCCACAACUGACUAAUCAUUCCCUACCACAGUUAAUAUUUACUUCCCUUUUGGCUGCUGGCACUUUAGGAAGCAGGUGUGUGAGGACCACAGAGAUGGUCCAGACUUGGACUAGUGGUUGUCAGUAGCUUCUUUGCCCCAGGGAAGUAUAUUUGCAUUUGAUGCCAGGAGAUUUCAAGGCAAUCAUUCAUCAGAUUGUGAUUGUCAUUGUCUUAGGCCAAAAUAGAAAGAGCUGGAAGCCAUUUCCCUUUCAUGUUUGGGACAAGGGAUGCUAUCACCAUGUCAUUUACAUUGUGUUUGAGAAUUGAUGAGUCCUUUAAAGUGAGAAUGGAAAAAAAUAAUGAUUUACACUACGAUUUUGCUUAUGAUUCUUUAAAGUUUUCCAUACUCAUUCUCUGACAUGAUUGUCAUACCAGAGCUGAUAUUGAUGGUGUGAACCCAAUAGUCAAAAUGUAAAUAAAUGGUUCCACAGGUAAUAAAGACUUUGAAGAAGACAUAGAGCUGUGAGAAGCAGGGACCUCUCCUGAUCCAGCUAUACCAGGGAUAAACAGGAGUGAGCCAAUGAGUGGAAAAAGGAAAAACAUCCCAAGUCAGGAGAAGGCUGUGCUUGGGGAUGGAGUGUGUGUGUGUAACAGAGCCAGUGUUCAGGAACUGGGCAGCCACUUUUGGGCGGAUGAAGUAAUAAGGGACAGUGGGAGAUGAAAUUGGAACUAGUAGACACUUGUCCUGCUCCUAGCUGACCAGAAGGAAGAGUCGCCUGGUCUCUACCUUCAAAGCAAUGGGAGCUUUUAAAGGGGUGAAGUAGUGGCAUGACAAGAUUAGAUUUGCUUGUAAAGGGAUCCUUCUAGAAACUAUAGAAAAAGAUUAAAAAGGUCCAGAAAACAAUUAAGAGGCUCUUGUGGUAGUUUGGUUGAGAGAUGGAUGGAAAACUAAACAGAAAAGUGGACAGGCUUGGAACCUAUAUGGAAGCAAAAGAUAAGGACUUCAUGACAGGUAUAUGACCACAUUUAGAAAGUCUUCCAGCUGAAGCAGGACAGCAGUAUUGGCACUAUAGAGCCAUGCUCUGAAGGAGAAGGAAGCCUUGGCUUUGUUACCAGUGAGGAGUGGGUGUGAAGGUGUGUGCACAUACAUAUGUGUGUGUGCUGCUCAGCACUGGGACCAUCCUUGUUCAAAGCAUCAUUAAAGGUUUGAAGCAUUCUGUUUUCUUUGAACCAAAUAUGAAGCUUGUUUAUUGAGCUUGCCAUCUAUAAAGAAUGAGGUGUGGUAAAGGGGAUAAUGUAAUACAUACUUCUAAAAUAAAACCUCGGUCUUUAAUUUAGUUUAUACAAAAUCCAAAAGGCACAUUUCCCACACUGUGGUAGUUAAACCAUUUCUUUUCCAGGCAGACAUGCCUAUAAAGUCAUUAAUGUAUUUAUGGGGAGCCAUCUGGCCACUGGAAAUGAUCCAUUUCAUGUGCUAAUGAGAAUGUUCUUCCUCUGCUCCUUCAGCCCAGUCCAGGUUAAAGGAAUUAGACAGCUAGUAGGGGAACCCUGGCUAAAGUAAACUGCCUUCCUUGCCAGGUGCUUGCCUCUUCAUGGGCAAUCCUGUGCUUGAAAGGAGUGAUUGGCAUACAGUAUCCUCCAGAGACUCUUCUUUUCAAGGUUCUGACCAGGGCUGGUGGUCCCAUCAUUUUCCCUCAGCAGUACCUCUGGAUGUGUACUUUCUUCCAAAGCAGAGACCACUAUUCAUCUAAGGAUCCAGACAUUCUCUACAGGGGCAUCUUAACUUCACCUAGAUUGGCUUCAUGGAAGAGGGACGUUUAGCUUUUGGUUAAUCAAUUGAUUGCUUCUUGUCAAAAAUUUUGGGCUUCUGUUUCAGGAAUCAGUUAAGGAGGAUCUGUUGAUGUUUGUCAGUGCACAUGAUUGGGAAUUUUAGUUUUGCAAGUGUCUGUCUAUACACAACCAAAAAAUAAGGGGCAUCUUUGCUUAUUUUCUCUGACAAUUGGAUGACUGUCUUCCCUCUUCUCUGCUCGUCAAUGCCCUAUUCAUUCUUCAAGAAAGGGGUCUCUUUCUCUGAACAGUUCUCCCAGGCUUCUUAGAUUGCAGUGGCCUAUCCCUUGCUCAGCACUCAUCUCAAGCCCAUUCAUCUAUUCCAUGAGUCUACCUUGUGUGAUUGUUGUUACGCAAGUGUUAUAACUGGAUCUCCUGGAGAGAGAAGGGAAUGCCUGUGUGUGGUUUGGUCCCACAGUAAUUAACAGGAUGCUUUAUCUAGAACAAUGACUCAUAAUUACUUGGUGAAUUAUUUGGGUCAAGCCUGACUUUCUCAACUCUUCCCAGACUUAGCACUUCUGGGUGGUGGCAGAUCUUCAUUUCUGGUAUAGGGUAUGCAGGCUGGUAACUUGCCAACCCUUCAAUCACUAAGCUGUUUUUUCAGUAAGAGUCAGCCAUGUUCCCCUGGCAUCAGAAGAAGCAUGUAGGCAUUUCCAUAACUCAGUUGGUCCUGGGGGUGCUCAAGGAGAGAGCAGAAAGUAUUCUUCCAAAUCACACAGUCCUUUGUGGACUUGAAGUGAAGACCAGAAAACCAGGAGAGAACAUACCAUAUAAGCUCCUCACAGCCAGUGACCUUGCAGCCAGCGACCUCAAAGGAUUUCAGCCACAGGCAUAUGAGAGGCCCCAGAAACACUCAGCUCUCCAUUAUGACCCAGGCCUCACACAGGACUUCACCGGGGACACCUUAAAACCAAAGCACCAGCAAAAAAGCAGCAGCCAGAAUCACAUGGACUGGUCCACCACCUCUGACAGUGGACCCACCACUCAGAAUUGCUUCAUUGGUACAGAGUCUGGCAGAGAAUCUACGAGCACCAGCAAGAUUCCAGCUCUUGAGCCUGUGGCUUCCUUUGCAAAGGUCCAGGGUAAGAAAGGCAGUGCAGGAAGCACGUGGAGUCAGCUGUCUAACAGUAGCAAAGAUCUGCUCCUGGGAAGUGUGGUUCCAUCCCCAAGCAACCACAGCUCACCAGCUCCACCCAGCAGCUCUGCUGAGUGUAACGGGCUUCAGUCCUUGGGAGAUCAAGAUGGAGGGGGGACAAAGGAUCCCUCAGAACCACCUGUUAUAGGCAGCAAGAAGAAGUCUAGUAAGAAAGAUGCAAAUCAGAGCAUCCCAAACCCAGACCUGGAUUGGAUCAAGAGUACCCAGAAAGCAUUUGACAACACUGAAGGUAAAAGAGAAGGCUACUCUGUAGAUAACACCCAAGAAGCAUCACCAGCCAGGCAGAAUGUGAGUUCCGUCAGUAAUCCUGAAAAUGACUCAAGUCAUGUCCGGAUUACUAUCCCCAUCAAGACACCCUCUCUAGAUCCAAGCAGCCAUAAAAGGAAGAAGAGACAGUCCAUCAAAGCUGUGGUCGAUAAAAUCAUCCCAGAGAAAGCCCUGGCUUCUGGAAUCACGAUGAGCAGUGAAGUAGUUAACAGGAUCCUUUCCAAUUCAGAGGGCAAUAAGAAAGAUCCCCGUGUCCCUAAAUUGGGUAAAAUUAUAGAGAAUGAGUCCUCCUCAGUUGGCCUUGAAACUGGUGGAAAUAUUGAAAAAAUUGUCCCAGGAGCUGUGUCUAAGCCACGGAAGCCACCUUUGGUCAUGACGCCUCCAACAUGCGCAGAUCACUCUCCAUCAAGAAAGCUGCCAGAAAUUCAACAUCCAAAAUUUGCUGCAAAACGGAGGUGGACGUGCAGCAAACCAAAACCUACCAGCAUGCUCCGAGAGGCAGUUAUGGCCACCUCUGAUAAACUGAUGGUGGAACCACCAUCUGCCUAUCCCAUCACCCCCUCCAGCCCUCUGUACACCAACACAGACAGUCUUACUGUGAUCACUCCAGUCAAGAAGAAGCGGGGACGACCAAAGAAGCAGCCUCUGCUCACAGUAGAGACAAUUCAUGAGGGUACUUCUACCAGCCCAGUCAGUCCCAUCAGCCGAGAGUUUCCUGGCACUAAGAAAAGAAAGAGGCGACGCAAUUUAGCUAAGUUAGCCCAGCUUGUGCCAGGAGAGGACAAACCCAUGAGCGAGAUGAAAUUUCACAAAAAAGUUGGAAAGCUUGGCGUGUUGGAUAAGAAGACCAUCAAAACGAUCAAUAAGAUGAAAACACUGAAGAGGAAAAAUAUCUUGAACCAGAUCUUGUCCUGCUCCAGCAAUAUUGCUCUGAAGGCUAAAGCUCCCCCAGAGACCAGCCCUGGGGCAGCAGCAAUCGAAAGCAAAUUGGGCAAGCAGAUUAAUGUCAGCAAGAGGGGGACCAUCUACAUUGGCAAGAAGAGGGGCAGAAAGCCAAGAACAGAGCUGCCACCCCCAUCCGAAGAACCCAAAACAGCCAUCAAGCACUCAAGGCCUGUUUCUAGCCAGCCGGAUGUUCCAGCCGUGCCUUCCAACUUUCAGUCACUUGUGGCGUCUUCACCAGCAGCUAUGCACCCACUUUCAACACAGUUAGGUGGGUCCAAUGGCAACCUGAGCCCCGCCAGCACUGAAACCAAUUUUUCAGAGUUGAAAACUAUGCCAAAUCUCCAGCCCAUCAGUGCUCUUCCAACCAAAACCCAAAAGGGAAUACACAGUGCAACCUGGAAGCUGUCUCCACCCAGGCUGAUGGCCAACUCUCCUUCUCACCUUUGCGAGAUUGGCUCACUAAAGGAAAUCACACUGUCCCCUGUCAGUGAGUCGCACAGUGAGGAGACGAUCCCGAGCGACAGUGGCAUCGGGACAGACAACAACAGCACGUCUGAUCAAGCGGAGAAGAGUUCAGAAUCCCGACGGAGGUACUCUUUUGAUUUCUGCUCCCUAGACAACCCGGAGGCCAUUCCAUCUGACACCAGCACAAAGAAUCGGCAUGGCCACCGGCAGAAGCAUCUCAUUGUGGACAACUUUCUGGCCCACGAGAGCCUCAAGAAGCCAAAGCACAAGAGGAAACGGAAAAGCCUGCAAAACCGGGAUGAUCUCCAGUUUCUGGCAGAGCUGGAAGAGCUCAUCACCAAGUUCCAAGUGUUCAGGAUCUCCCACCGGAGCUACACCUUUUACCAUGAGAAUCCAUAUCCCAGCAUUUUUCGGAUUAACUUUGAUCACUAUUACCCGGUGCCAUAUAUCCAGUAUGACCCCUUGCUCUAUCUUCGUAGGACUUCAGACUUGAAGUCAAAGAAGAAGCGUGGUAGGCCUGCAAAAACCAAUGACACCAUGACAAAGGUGCCUUUUUUACAAGGGUUCAGCUACCCUAUUCCCAGUGGAAGUUACUAUGCACCCUAUGGAAUGCCUUACACAUCAAUGCCUAUGAUGAACCUUGGUUACUACGGUCAGUACCCAGCUCCUUUGUACCUAUCGCACACCCUGGGAGCAGCUUCCCCCUUCAUGAGGCCAACAGUGCCACCACCUCAGUUCCACACAAGCUCCCAUGUAAAGAUGUCUGGGGCAGCUAAACAUAAAGCAAAGCACGGAGUACACCUGCAGGGACCUGUUGGCAUGGGCCUUGGGGACAUGCAGCCAUCCCUGAACCCUCCCAAGGUGGGCGGUGCCAGUCUGUCCAGCAGUCGGCUCCACAAAAGGAAACACAAACACAAGCAUAAGCACAAGGAAGACCGGAUCCUGGGGACCCACGACAACCUGAGUGGUCUCUUUGCAGGCAAAGCUACAGGAUUCUCCAGCCACCUCCUGAGUGAGCGGCUGAGCAGCGCGGACAAAGAGCUCCCACUGGGGAAUGAGAAGAGCAAGCAUAAGGAGAAGCAGAGACACCAGCACAGUGACGCCAGCCACAAAGCUUCUAAGAACAACUUUGAGGUGGACACCCUGUCUACGCUGUCACUUUCUGAUGCCCAGCAUUGGACGCAGGCCAAGGACAAAGGUGACCUGAGUGGUGACCCUGUGGACUCAUGCACUAAAAGGUACUCUGGCAGUGGUGGGGAUGGUAGCAGCACGAGAUCAGAGAGCCUGGACGUGUUCAGUGAAAUGAACCCUUCGAAUGACAAGUGGGACAGUGAUGUGAGUGGGAGUAAAAGGAGGAGCUACGAAGGCUUUGGGACGUACAGGGAAAAGGACAUCCAAGCCUUCAAGGUGAACCGCAAGGACAGAAGUUCUUAUGACUCCUCCAUGUCUCCAGGGAUGCCAAGUCCUCAUUUAAAAGUGGACCAGACAGCAGCACACAGUAAGAGCGAGGGCUCAGUGUCCACCAUGAUGACCAGGAAGAAGCCAGCUGCAUUGGACAGUGUUGCAAUUCCACCAACCCCAGUGUUAUCUCUCCUGGCUGCAUCUGCAGCAACCUCAGACACAGCCAGCUGCUCCCUGAAGAAGCGGUUCAAACGGCAGGAGAUCGAAGCCAUCCAGUGCGAGGUGCGGAAGAUGUGCAACUACACCAAGAUUCUGUCCACCAAGAAGAACUUGGACCACGUGAACAAGAUCCUGAAGGCCAAGCGGCUGCAGAGACAAUCAAAGACAGGCAACAACUUUGUCAAGAAGCGGCGCGGGCGGCCGCGAAAGCAGCCCACCCAGUUCGACGAGGACUCCAGAGACCAAAUGCCGGUGCUGGAAAAGUGCGUCGACCUGCCCAGCAAGCGGGGUCAGAAACCCAGCCUGAGCCCGCUGGCGCUGGAGCCCGCCGCCGGCCAGGACGCGGUCAUGGCCACCAUCGAGGCGGUCAUCCACAUGGCCCGGGAGGCGCCCCCGCUGCCGCCGCCGCCGCCGCCCCCGUUGCCGCCGCCCCCGCCGCCGCCGCCGCCCCCACCGCCGCCGCUGCCCAAGACGCCCCGGGGCGGGAAGAGGAGACACAGACCGCAGCCUCCCGCGCAGCCGCCACAGCCUCCGCCCGCGCCGCAGCCCCUUCCCCAGGAGGAGGAGGUGAAGGCCAAACGGCAGAGGAAGUCCCGAGGGAGCGAGAGUGAUGUCCUUCCCUAGGGUGGGUGUGUGCGUGCGCACCUGGGGCGGGGGACUGAGGCGUCGCAGGUGCAGCGAGCCGGGUGGGGCGCACCCUCCACCCUAGCAGGGACACCCAAGCCCUUCUCUGCAGCUAGCUGGCCAGACGUCGGGGCUGAGCCUCCAGGGGCCCUGGGGCGAGCCACGCGACGCGGGGAACGCGGGUCUGUGCAGUCCGGGAGUUCCCAGCACCGCGGCGCUUUAGCGUGGCGGGAUGCGGACAGGUGAGCCCAGCCCCAUCCGGGAGGAGACGGCCGCCUGAUGGCCCUCGUCCCAGAUGGGCCCUGGAAUCCCAUGUCUUUUGCUGGCCGGGAAAAUCGAAAGGGAAACACCUUCAAUUGGGAAACAUUCCAAGGGGAGAAAAGCUGCAAAUUUCUCGACUGGCUUUGAGGUAACCCACUUCCGUUUCAUUGGUUUUUAUUUUCUUUCUGUUGGUUUUCAAGCUGUGCUAGGCUUUGAGGCCCCAACCUCGUCUCCGGGUGACCUGUAUCUUUCCGUUAACAGUACAGUUCCUUAGAUGGAAUCCUGUGAUGGAAGGUGGAAUUCUAGUGAUGGGUGACCUUAGCCCUGCUUUCAUAUCCUCUGGUGCAGACACACGGAGUUUUAGCAUCGUCUGUUCCUGCUUUUCCUUUGCCUGUUGUACUUUCAUGUAUGUAUCUUUCCAUCAAUGCGCUUGCUGCCGCCUCUUUCAUGGUACACAUCGAGGUCGAGUAAACCGGUACCUGUGUUGUAAAGUUCGCCCUUGGCCUGCUGUCCCGAGGAUACCUGGCUCUGAAUAACAAUCGUUGUGAAACAGAUAAUAGGUAUUGAUAGAGACCUUUUAGCAAGUGAGUAGCCAAGGAUAUGUUGACCCAGGUGUCAACCAGGUUGUUUUCAUCCUUAAAACAUAUCGGCAGAGAAUAGGCAGAAUAAAAUGGCUGUCAUACCCCACAGCAAAUGGAAUAACUUAACAAACCACCAAAUACUGAAACCCCAGACCCACCAGAAAGACAUGUGUCUAGCAAUGCCUCGGUAUGUGAUUUUUUUUUAUUUCAUUCAAACAACUAUCAUGGAUUGUCAGAAAAAGGAAACAGAAAGACAAUAGAAGUCCAUUGUCUCUUGAUAAUUAUUUCUUAAAAAGCAAGUGGGAGUAAGUGUUCUUAACUGAAAAAAAAUAAUAAAAUUCUCAAAGGGUGUCACCACUCCAAUUGUAUCAAGCCACCUUGGACAAAGUAUCCAAAUUGUGGUUGCCUUAAUAAACUAAAACAUUUUUGUACAUAAUGUAAUUAUAAAUCUAUCAGUCUGCAUGGAUGCAAACUGUGUGUGACAAAUCGUCUUUUAAAUGGUCAAUUUCAACUGUACAUUUCUCAUCCAAGUUGUACUCUAGCCAUUGGUUUAGCGUGAACAGAUAUUCCAUCACUAUUAUCCAUUUCCACAGCCCAAGUAAAACAUGAAGACUCAGAAUGAAUAUGAAGUUAUUCCAUUGCCGUAGAUGUUUUUAACAAUUCAGAUGUGGAAAUUUCAAAUAAGUAUUUUCAAUUUCCUCCCUCACUCCUCCCCUCACCUUCCCCAAGACAUCAAACACCUGGCAUGGUAGAUUAUAGAAAGAGAGACACUGAAGAGAGAGAAUUAAAUUUUCUAUUGGGAAUUAGAAUAUCUGGUUUACCUCAAAAUUAAGUUUCUUUACAGGAAGUUGGGACCAGCUGGAAAUUAUAUUAUCACUUCAGAACACAAUAUUAUUUCCUUAGAGAGAGGUGGAUUUUUUUUUGUUAGAAGCAUAAGAGAAUAAGUGAUAGGAUAUCUAUGGAUGUAAAUUUCAAAACCCCAAGUUAAUAUGUUUGCAUACAUCACAGCUCCGUCAGGGCACCAACAGUUGGUGGAAAUUACAGUCAUCCCGUUCUGCACUGUCACUAUGGACCUGACAUCAUUUGCUGCCACUAGGUCGGUUGUGUUUAAUUCUAGAGAUAUGUUAAGUUUAUAGGACUGUACUUUAAAGCUUAUAUCUGAGACCCUCAGUUUGUGACUCGGUUAACCUUUGCCAUUUCACACAGGCUGAAUAGCAACAUCACAACAGUCAUUUUCAAUUUGUCAUUCUCACGCCACGUGUGAGUGGCUCCAAAGUCACCAGAGGGGAAAGUUUAAAUUAGCCCCUCUCACCCCAUCGCUGACCAUUUUCAUUCCAAUUAAGCCAUGCAGAGAUUUCUCUUCCUGUUGGAUCGUGAAAACCAUUCUUUUCGUUCUGUCCUGGCCUCUCUUGCUCCCCACCUGGUACUGUCUCCUCAGCUAAGCCUGUUAAGGACACAACAUUUUCUUGCAGGCAUUCUAGAAACUUCUUAAAGGAGGACCCAAAGUUUAAUUGGCAUUAUCUUCUAAUAAUGAGUAACAUCCCAGUAACUUUAGGAAUUUCCAAACCAAUGAAGGAUACUCUGGGAGAGACACAGCAAGAGUUGCAAUUCACACAUGAACUGGGGACUCUGGUCAUUUGAGUGAAAUGCAAAUUCUCUACAUAUAGAUCCUAAGAAUAGAUUGGUAAGUUGCAGACUACCAAGAUGAGGCAUGCUAACCAAUUACUUGGAGGUGGAAGCAAGUCCAAUCAAUGACACAGAUUCCUCUUCACCGCCUCAGUAUUAAAUUUCUCAAUUUUUCUUCUGCUUUUCCUCAACAUAACUCAUUUCACUGAUGUAGCCAUUUCCUUAUUCUCUAAUUAAUUCCUGUUCUUUAGCCUCUCCUCUCCUGUCCAUACCCCACAUUGGGUCAGUCUAGCGUCACAUCUAGUUGGUUGCAGGCCAGAAAGAAAAUCCAGUUUUCCUAACAGAUUGUAAAGGUCUUUGGCCACCCAAUACUGCCUUUUGGGGCUGCAUUUUUAUUUUGACAGAGAGCAUUUGUGAUGCCAGCUCCACAAAAUAUUCUGUAAGAGAAAUCCCUUGAUUUUCAUGCCAUUAUUUUUUCUGAAAUAUACUCGCCUUCAGCAAGCAGAUGUGGACUCAUUUAUAAUAUAAGGAGUUUGAUUAGGGAUGAGAAAAAAGAUGAAAUGAGAUGUAACAGCCUCCUGGAUUUUUAAUCCACCUUACCAAGUGGUUGGGACCCACUUGCGUUUCACCCUCUACAGGGACAAAAGUUGACCUGCUUCAAAUAGCCCGGCUCUGGUCAAAGGAAAGGAGAACAUUUAAGGGGCUGGUUUCUGACUUGGUAGGACCUGGAGUGUGCAGCCACUGACAGCCCAGGAAAGGUGACUACAGGCUGGCAGAAGAUUAGCAUGUCUCCCUGGCUUCUGUCUCAAGGGGGAGUUCAUGUUCAGUGGCAGGCAGAAUUUGUGCUCUGCACAUUGCUGGGUCUAUAAAUAUGAUAAGCAAGUGGUGACAGAAUUAUUGUACAGGUGAUGUUCUACAUGCAGAUCAUAAAGGAUUUGGGUUUGGACUUAAGCAGAAAAUCCGACUCCCAGCUUAUCACCCAACAAUAUUCAGAUAAUGAGCUUUUGGAGAAUAUAUUUUUUUCUCUAUCACUAGGAAGAUUUUCCUGGGAACUGUCUAAAGUCUAUACAGAUAUAUCCAAAGCCUUUAAAUGCCAACUGCAGCAUGGAGAGAGAGGGGGUGGCAGAAGUCGAAAUGCCUCAAAAGCCAUUUAAGUGUUCUGUUGCCGGAUCUUCAGUCCUUCUCAUUAUGUAAAAGUAGAUAAAUAUAGACAUUUUUUUCUCAACACUACCCUAGUAUCACAAUGGUCCAAAUGCCAGAGCUUACAGAUAAUGUCAUCACAGUGCCUAGAAACAAACUGUAAUAUACCGUAGCAUUUUCUUGGUGUUUCUAAAAGUUUCUUUCCACAAUACAAGGCUCCCUCUGCCUCUUGUUUCUUGAAGAGUUCACGCCACUGAUGCGUCUUCCUUCCCUCUUGGACUUAGUCAUUUGGGGAACAGUCUUAGAAGCACAUUUCAACCAAGGAAGAAACUUCCUGGAUUUCUAUUGCCCGCUUGCCCAGGUAUAAUAAACACUAAUGGGGAGGGAGGGGGGAUUGAAAAGAGCUGCCCACUAGUCAACAGGGAAGGGCAGUUGCACCCUGGGUGGAGUCUUUCUUUUUCUUCCUUUUUAAAAAAAUCUAUUUCUUAAAUAAUAAAUGCACAUGAUGUGUUAAAUAUGUACAUAUAUAUUUCAAAAGAAAAAAAUGGGGCACAAGAUUGUCUUACAAGUCGUGCUGGCUAAUUUUUAGUUUGUAUUCAUAAGUGGUUUUUAAAAGCCUUUUUUAAAGUGUAAUUUGCAUGUUCUACUUUGAUUGUAUGUAAACAUAUUUUAGAACAAAAAAUGUAUUUGUAUUUUAUUGAAUAUAGAGGCAAGAAAAUUGUACAUUGUUUGAAAUGUUCUUUUUGUAACAGUUUUUAUUCAUAAAGCAUUUUUGUACAUUUAAAAUGAACAUGGACUUGCUGUUAUUUGAGGCGUAGAUACAUCUGGCAUGCUUUACUGCCAUGCUCCUCCAUGGUCUUAGAUGUUGGGUUUUAAACAUUUUUUUCUAAAAGAAAGCUCAGUCUUUUUCGCUACCAGAUCAGGUUAGCACCGUAUAGAGCACUUAACUAUUAAAAAAAAAAGUUAAUCCUAUUCAUAUGUUAUUCAUUGUGUGAAAUUAAAGACAUUCAAUUCAGUCUAA